CAGGCUCGGAGGACGCAGUCGCUCCGCAGGGCGCAGAUGAUCGCAGGCGGCGUGUGCGGCGUGGCGCUCGUCCUGGUGCUGGUGGUGCUCAUCCCGGCCAUGGUCAACUCCGCCGGGACCCCCACCCGCUACGAGAUGCUCGGCUCCUGCCAGAUGCUGUGCGACCCGCACGGGACCACGGCCACCGCCGCGGCUCCGACGAAGGCGCUGGAGCCGGUGAAAGACGCGCACCGCCUGGCGCAUGAGUCCCUGCCCACCUUCAUCCAGGGGCCGCAAGGCGAGCCCGGACGCGUGGGGAGAAUGGGUCCGAGGGGUCCGGUGGGCGAGCCCGGCCCUCCCGGUCCCGCCGGCCGGCCCGGGGAGAGAGGGGCCCCCGGUGCUCCGGGGCCACCCGGUGCGAGUGGACCCACCGGGGCCAUCAGUGCGGCCACCUACAACACCGUCCCAAAGAUCGCCUUCUAUGCGGGACUCAAGAAGCAGCACGAAGGCUACGAAGUGCUGAAAUUCGACGACGUGGUCACAAACCUGGGGAACCACUACGACCCAUCCACGGGCAAGUUCACCUGUUCCAUACCCGGGAUUUACUUCUUUGUUUACCACGUGCUGAUGCGAGGCGGGGACGGAACCAGCAUGUGGGCCGACCUGUGCAAGAACAACCAGGUCCGAGCCAGCGCCAUCGCCCAGGACGCUGACCAGAACUACGACUACGCCAGCAACAGUGUGGUCUUGCACCUGGAGCCCGGCGACGAGAUCUACAUCAAGCUGGACGGAGGCAAGGCCCACGGGGGCAACAACAACAAGUACAGCACCUUUUCGGGCUUCAUGCUGUACGCCGACUAAACCCCCCACUUGUCGCUCCUGCUGCUCACGCUCCAGCA